CAAAAAUCCUAUUUUGAAGACAACCAAAAGUAGAACGUGUUCCGGGUGUGGCUGCAUGUGAUUUUACCCCAUAGCCAAAGUGGGGGGGGACCGCUGAAGGGGGAAGACACAGCGUCUGCUGCUGCAGGGAGCGGAGACCGAGGGCUGCAGGAUGAAGACCUCUGGAGCCUGUAUACUGUUGUGUCUCUUAGCACUCUCCUUGUCCCCAGCUGACUGGUUUCCAUGGAUGGUCAAUGGGCAAGAACUGGAAAGUGCAACUGGUGAAGUUAACACCGAAUCUCUUCUCAGCACUCCUGCUGCAGCUGCCACACCACCCGUGCUUCUUAGUCCUGUUCAGUCUGAUAGUGAAACUACGACGGCUUCAUCAGAUUGUCGUGAAGAGAAGUUCCCUUGCACACGCCUGUACUCUGUUCACAAGCCCGUGAAGCAGUGUAUCAGCUACCUCUGUGUGACAAGUGUCCGUCGCAUGUACAUCAUAAACAAGGAGGUGUGCUCCCGCAUUGUCUGCAAGGAGAAUGAGGUCAUGCAAGAUGAGAUCUGUCGCCAGCUGGCUGGCCUUCCUUCUCGACGUCUCCGCCGGUCUGGGCAACCCCUCCAUCUCCCUUGCAGAGAACUUCUGGAGCAGCAGCGCAGAAGGCCUGAUGCUCUGUGAGCUAUCAACAGCAGGAGAGAAAAAGGAAGGGAGAGAAGAGAAGUCGUCAUCCACUACCUACAGCCCAAAACAAGUCCUUCUCGCUUGUGAUUUCCCCACCAUUUCCUUGCUUCUCUACCUUCCCCCACAUCCUCUUCUUCAGGUGCUGCAGUACACAGAGUCCCCUCUCUGCUAGACUGUCAUGGUGGCUGUUGUCAUCUUCAGAUUUAGAAGAUGAGGAUGUGGGAUGCUCCCCUCUUUUCUCCCAAAGUCUGUUUGGCAGGCCAUGAACUGCUCAUUUCCCAGAGGUCCUUAUAAAUGUACUGCAUCUUCUCUUGUCUUGCCCCUGCACAGAGACAUGCAUGGGGACAGCAGGUAGUCCUCUCCAAUGGUACAGAUGGCCCAAGCUGCAUCUCAUGGAGGAGUGCCAACCUUUGUGCCCUAGGACUCCUGGCCUAGGUUUCUUGCAUGGCAUCAGUAUGAGCUUGGAUAUGGCUAGUCAGCCUGAGCCUCUCCAGUCCUCCUGAGCCACAGGGUUCUCCUGUGUCUGCUGGCCUCAGAGAAGUGACAGUACUGGGAGAUGAGCUCUCUUCAACCCAAGACAAACCUCACUGUCCCUGUAUGGCAGCAGAUCAUUUAUAACUACCUCUGGGAAGUUCUUUGUCUCGAGCCCAUUGCCUCCCUCACACACAACUGCUACUGAAAGGAAGAAUUCUGGAUUUUUAAUAUGGCAUUAUGUUUUUCUCAAGAAGACGAUGUUGGAACAGAGUGCUGCCUCUUCCUCUCCCUCAUCUCCUCUCUCCUUUUCUGUCCCUCCCUUCCUUUUGAAGAAAUCUCUUGAUGCCCACUCCAGGCAAGUUCCAGGGAGCAGGAAAUAUGGCUGCCUCUGAUCCUAAGCCCAAGAGAAACCAUGAAGAACACGUGUGUCCUCACAGAACUGAGAAUUCACCAUGAAUUAGCUUGUCCUGGUGACUUGUCUCGGUCUGGCUACCUCCAAACUCUCCAGUUGCUGAGCCUGCUUUCAAUAUCUCCACUGGAGUUCCUACCUCCUGCCCUGGGAGCUCCUGCACAAAGCAGAAAGCAGUGACAAAUUGGAACGGGAUGCAGGAGAAGAACCAUUGUCUGGGAUCCUUGGAUUUUCCUGCAGGUUCUCUGGCUGUGCUGACCUGCAAAGAGCCAGGUGCUACUGAGGAGGUAGACAUAUCUGCAACUAGAAGCAUAGAGGCACGCCAGCCGGGGGAAAAGAAUUCACUCUGGUAGCACUGGUUGUGUGUGGUCUUCUCGAGAACGUUUCCAAGUCUAUGGACAGUUGUCACUGUGAGACUGGGUAGGGUAAGUGGGGAAGAGCUGUCUGAAGUGUAUUAAUUACUCCAUGUGACUUCAUGGCAUGACUCUGUGGGGCUCCUGAGCUGAACAGCUUAGCUCCCUGCCGCAGAUCAGCACGACCCUGUCUCUAGGGUGUCUAAGUGUCCUUCCUGACUAACAGAAAGCCAGUUUGCUGGAGUAGGCAUUCUCCCCCUUCACAUCAUGUCCUCUGUUACUGGACUGAGUACCCAUACAGGAGCGCUGGUCUGCUGCAUGGAGCCAGGGUCACACAACACAGGGGAUGGUUUGCUGUGCAGAGGCAGACGUCUCCAAUUAAAAGAGCAAAUCAAUUAACGUAAGAGCCUCUCCCCAGGACUCAGAUCUCUGUUGUAGGCAGCAAGAAGCUGGUUGCAUCCUCUGGGUAGGGGAAGACACCCCUGUGCAGGCACAGAUUUGUUCUGUGUAAGGUCAAAAUUGGCCAUAGAUGGGCUAAAUCUCUGUAUUCAUCCAGUAAAGAAGAGAAAGGAUUCUAAGCUGUGCAGUGACUGGAAUUUCACCCUGUACAUAGGGGCAGAGCACCCCUGCACAGAGGAUGAUGCUUCUCUUGAGUACUUGAUGCUCAUGAGACUAGGGAUGGAGGAGGAGUUUCUCUGUACUGAGGGUAGGCACGUUUCUGCAGAGAGGAAGGCACUGAGAGCUUGAUCUCAAAGACAUCGAGCCACUGGCAGCCACUGACUUCUAUGGUGGGAUGGAUGCCAGUGGAAUUUGUGUGUGGAGGAAGGUAGGAUGGAGAUGAGAUGUUAGAGGGAGCUCUUGGAAAUUGGAUUAGGCCAAGUCUCCACCCUGCAUUUAGAGUUGAAUGUAAGCUGAUAUAGAUAGAUAUAGAUAUAGAACUGUAUAACAUAGCUACUGUACAGUAUAUAGAAAUUUAACAUUCAUACAGUUUGGAGAAUGGUUAGAAAUCUUUUUGUUGCUUGCUUUCAGCAGGUACAGGAAGAGGUGCUCCUCUCCAGGAGAACACUGUUUUAAUGCUAGAGUCCAUAUAGUGCACACAAAAAUAUUAAAAGAAAAUUUAUUUCCUGUUAUUCUUGGCAA